GGGCCGGCGCCGCUCGGGGUCGCGCGCCCGGGACCCGGCUCGCGCUCGGUGUCGCGCUGUCAGCGAAUGCCCGGCUCGCGCCGCCUCCCGCUCUCGCUCAGUCAGUGGCGCCGAAGGCUCCGUUAAGCGGCGGUGGCGGUGGUUCCUGUUUCCGUUUCUUCCUCUCCCUUCAGUCGGGAGUAGCAUCCUCCACCCAGCCACCCCUCCCGCUCCCCCGGCGCCGGGCAGCUGCGGCUGAGGGCUGGGGCGGCCGCAGCGGCGGCGACUGGGGACCGGCGGAGACCGCCUCUGCAGCCGCCUCGGGUUGCUGCUUUUGCUAAGAGAGCACCCAUGACUCUGAUGGUAUUUUCAUUCAAAAUAAAGUACUCGAUUGCCUUUAUUGAUUAACUGAACCAAUUCAGAUCUCUGGUAGACAUGGGAAGAUAUUUGCUGUGGAAGACCUCCUUACAGUCAAAUCUGGAAUCAGAUAACUGGGUUGAAAUUCCUGUCUGACACUUGUGAGCUGUUUGACACCACUCCCACUGCCUGUUACUUCACCUUUAAAUGCCCUGAUUUUCUUAUCUCAUGUAGACUCCAUGAAGCACAGAACAAUAAAGCUUCCUGCUCAUACCACCAGGAGGAUCACUUGGAAAGAGUCACCACAGGACUACCAGAGAGACUAAUUUGUCUGAAGCAUCAUGUGUUGAAACAACAGAAGGCUACUACCUUUGCAGUAGCUAGAAACAGUUACAAUGUUUUACGUUCUUUGAGCUCCAGGAAGCCAGGGGAGUGAGUUGAAAAUCUGAAAAUGCGGCCAUGGAGUGGUUCUUGGCGUUGGAUUAUGCUCAUUCUUUUUGCCUGGGGGACCUUGCUGUUUUAUAUAGGUGGUCACUUGGUACGAGAUAAUGACCACCCUGAUCACUCUAGCCGAGAACUGUCCAAGAUUCUGGCAAAACUAGAACGCUUAAAACAACAAAAUGAAGACUUGAGGCGAAUGGCUGAAUCUUUACGGAUACCAGAAGGCCCUAUUGAUCAGGGUCCAGCUUCAGGAAGGGUUCGUGCUUUAGAAGAACAGCUUGUGAAGGCCAAAGAACAGAUUGAAAAUUAUAAGAAACAAACUAGAAAUGGUCUGGGGAAGGAUCAUGAAAUCCUAAGGAGGAGGAUUGAAAAUGGAGUUAAAGAGCUCUGGUUUUUCCUACAAAGUGAAUUGAAGAAAUUAAAGAAUUUAGAAGGAGAUGAACUCCAAAGACAUGCAGAUGAAUUUCUGUCAGAUUUGGGACAUCAUGAAAGGUCUGUAAUGACAGAUCUAUACUACCUCAGUCAAACAGAUGGAGCAGGUGACUGGCGGGAAAAAGAGGCCAAAGAUCUGACAGAGCUGGUUCAGCGGAGAAUAACGUAUCUUCAGAAUCCCAAGGACUGCAGCAAAGCCAAGAAGCUAGUGUGUAAUAUCAACAAAGGCUGUGGCUAUGGCUGUCAACUCCAUCAUGUGGUCUACUGCUUUAUGAUUGCAUAUGGCACCCAGCGAACGCUCAUCUUGGAAUCUCAGAAUUGGCGCUAUGCUACUGGUGGCUGGGAAACUGUGUUUAGACCUGUAAGUGAGACCUGCACAGACAGAUCUGGUGUCUCCACUGGACACUGGUCAGGUGAAGUAAAGGACAAAAACGUUCAGGUGGUUGAGCUCCCCAUUGUAGACAGUCUUCAUCCUCGUCCUCCAUAUUUACCUCUGGCUGUACCAGAAGACCUUGCAGAUCGACUUGUGCGAGUCCAUGGUGAUCCUGCAGUGUGGUGGGUGUCCCAAUUUGUCAAAUACUUGAUCCGCCCACAACCUUGGUUGGAAAAGGAAAUAGAAGAGGCCACCAAGAAGCUUGGCUUCAAACAUCCAGUUAUUGGAGUCCAUGUCAGACGCACAGACAAAGUGGGAACCGAAGCAGCCUUCCAUCCCAUUGAGGAAUACAUGGUGCACGUUGAAGAACAUUUUCAGCUUCUUGCUCGCAGAAUGCAAGUGGAUAAAAAAAGAGUGUAUCUGGCCACGGAUGACCCUUCUUUAUUAAAGGUGGCAAAAACAAAGUACCCCAGUUAUGAAUUUAUUAGUGAUAACUCUAUCUCUUGGUCAGCUGGACUACAGAACCGAUAUACAGAAACUUCACUUCGGGGUGUGAUCCUGGAUAUACACUUUCUCUCCCAGGCAGACUUCCUAGUGUGUACUUUUUCAUCCCAGGUCUGUCGAGUUGCUUAUGAAAUCAUGCAAACGCUGCAUCCUGAUGCCUCUGCAAACUUCCAUUCUUUGGAUGACAUCUACUAUUUUGGGGGCCAAAAUGCCCACAACCAGAUUGCCAUUUAUCCUCACCAACCUCGAACUGCAGAUGAAAUCCCCAUGGAACCUGGAGAUAUCAUUGGUGUGGCUGGAAAUCAUUGGGAUGGCUAUUCUAAAGGUGUCAACAGAAAACUGGGAAGGACGGGGCUGUAUCCCUCCUACAAAGUCCAAGAGAAGAUAGAAACGGUCAAGUACCCCACAUAUCCUGAGGCUGAGAAAUAAAGCUUAGAUGGAAGAAAAGAACAACCAAACUCAGUUCAAACCAUUUGAGCCAAACAAUAGAAGAAGAAGGCCCUGACCUAACACAUGCUUAAAUGAGUAGACACCCUCAGCACCAGGAGCAACUAGGAACUGACAGAUGCCUCAUUGGUGGAAUUCCUCUUUAACAAGGGCUGCAAUGCCCUCAAACCCAUGCACAGUCCAAUAAUGUACUCACAUAUAACAUGCAAACAGAUUUUCUACUUUGCCCCUUCUUUCAAGAUUAUGUCCCCAUGAAAUAAACACUGCCACAUUGUGUAA